CAAGCAAACCAAGAAAAACUCGCACAGACAGAAGAGAGAUAAAGGGCGCGCUCUCUCUCUCUCUCUCUCUAAAAGCUUCUCUGAAAACCUUGGAAACCCUCAAGAUUUGGGAAACCAUGGAUUGGGUCCGAGGCAAAGAGAUUGGCCACGGAGGCUUCUCCACCGUCCACCUCGCCACUCCCGCCAAAACCUGCUCCUACGGUCACCCUCCGUUGAUGGCCGUCAAGUCCUGCGACUCGGCCCUCUCUUCCUCCCUCAGGCACGAGAGGCGGGUCCUGAGCGAACUCGGCGACUGCCAGCGGAUCGUCCGCUGCUUGGGCGACUCCCUCACCGCCGAGCGCGGCGGCGAGGAGCUCUACAACGUCCUCCUCGAGUACGCCGCCGGCGGCAGCCUCGCCGACAGCCUGAAGUCCAGAGGGAAGCCCCUCUCGGAGCCCGAGAUCAGACGCCACACGAGGUCCAUCCUGGAGGGCCUGGAGUUCGUCCACUCCAAAGGGUUCGUCCACUGCGACGUCAAGCUUCAGAACAUCCUCGUAUUCCCCAACGGCGGCGGCGAAGAAGUCAAGAUCGCCGAUUUCGGCCUCGCGAAGAGAGCGGGCGAGCGGUUGGCGAAGGGCGGGAAACAGGGCGGGCUCGAGUGGCGGGGGACGCCCAUGUACAUGGCGCCGGAGUCGGUGAACCGUAACGAGUACGAGCCGCCCUCGGACGUGUGGGCGCUGGGGUGCGCGGUGGUGGAGAUGGCGACGGGGAGGCCGGCAUGGGGGUCGCGGGCCGAGUCGAACGCGUACGCCCUUAUGAUCAGAAUCGGGGUCGGAGACGAAAUCCCGGAGAUUCCGGAGGGAUUGUCGGAGCAGGGGAAGGACUUCUUGAUCAAGUGCUUCGCAAAGGACCCGAAGAAGAGGUGGACCGCCCGUAUGCUCUUGAAGCACCCCUUCCUUGGCCUCGACGGAGCCCUCAGCGUCGAGGAGGUAGCAAGAGAUUGCGGAGCCGAAUUCGAGGAUUCCUCUCCGAGGUGCCACUUCGAUUUCCAGCCCUGGGUUUCGAUGCAAUGUUCGAGAACGAGUUGGCAAUCGGGCUCGCUCUCGCCCUCCUCGGAGGUGGAUUCUGACCCGUCGUUCACAAGAGAGCUCGCUGCGUUGGAGAUCUCGGAAGAUGAUUCUUCAUCGGUGAUCAAUCGGAUUGGCGAGUUGGCAAGCCAGGAGAGGCCUAAUUGGGAACAUUCGGAGGGAUGGGUGACCGUGAGAUGAUCGGAAUCGUUCCAGUUGCGAAAGCAGAGUCGAGCUUCUUCACUAGAACAGAGCAAACAGAGCAGAAUCUUGGGAUUUUCUUUUUUUUUUUUGGGGUCAAUCCAAGGGUUCCGAUUCAAUUGAUUCGGUUUUUUUUUUUUUCGACAGUGAAUAUUGAUUCGGUUAGUGCAGACAAGAGAUGUACAGACAGAUAAUUCCUUCGAUGCAAUGAAUAAGAAAAAUCGCAUCUUUUUGCGGCUGCAA